AUGGUCUCAACUACUGGGUCAGAAAUAACAAAAACAUUGAAGCAUGAACUAGAAAAAGUUGGUUUAAGUUUUGAUAACUUAAGAGGACAGGGUUACGAAGGGGGAUCAAACAUGUCUGGCAAUCACUCCCUUAAUCUAUGUUUAUCAAAAGCAUGUGAAGUAUCAGCUAUAAAAAAUAUGAAUGAAGAUCUUGAGCAUGAUACCAAUACAGAAACAUCAACGAAAGCUACGUUGUAUGGAAGUGCCAUAACAAAACUGGAUUUUAUUAUUGCUUUAGAAGUGUCUGAUAAAUAUUUUUCUUAUACUUUUAAUUUGAGCAAACUUUUACAAGGUAAGCAACAAGACGUAUGCAAUGCUUUGGCUAACGUAAUACAAGUAAAAAAUGCCUUACACAGUAUUCGAAAUGAUGCCGAUAACUCUUUCAAAGAAAUAAUGGAAACUGUUUCAAAAAUAGCUUCUAUUGUAAAUAUUGACAUUAAAAUGCCUCGUAUCUGUAAUAGACAGAUGAAACGUGUAAAUGUUAGUUCUAAUAGUCCAGAAGAAUAUUUUAAAGUAUCUAUAUCUAUACCAUUUCUCGAUAGUUUAAUAUCCAAAUUACAUUCAAGAUUUGAUGAAAGGUUAAAACAAGUAUUGUCACUUCAAGGCUUAAUUCCAUGUAACUUGCAUUUAUAUAAUGAUGAUUUCAUUUUAUCAGCUGCAUCUACAUAUGAAAAUGAUCUUCCUCACGCAAUUUCCUUUUUAAGUGCUGAAUUACACAUGUGGAUAAAUCAAUGGAAGGACACAGAAAACGUACCACAAACUGCAAUUGAAGCAAUACAGCACUGCCAAGAUAUUUUUCCGAAUAUUAAAACACUUUUACAGUUGUUCUUUACACUACCAGUUACUUCUGCCACUCCAGAAUGCACGUUUUCUACAAUUGAAAGAAUAAAAAAUUACCUGAGAUCAACAAUAUCUCAAGAAAAGCUAAAUAGCUUGGCUUUAACAAACAUAAAUAAGGAAUAA